GCAGGCUGGAAGGAGGAAGCAAGAAGCUUGAAGAGGGGAUUCUUGGCUAGAUCUCCAUACUACAUACCACUGCAAUUAAGGUUUAAGAAGCUGUUACCUGCUGGCCAGGGGCUGCAGGAGCCUUUAACAAAAAAAACAGAAAACUUGCAGAGUGACAUAAAAGUGAGUAAAGUUAACGGGAGAAAGCAAAGAUGACUACCAUUGAUCAGCAUCUGCAGUAUACCAACUCUUACAAUGAAGAAGAGUACAUGAUACAGGAAGAUGACUGGGAUAGGGACCUACUCUUAGACCCUGCAUGGGAAAAGCAGCAGAGAAAGACCUUCACAGCCUGGUGCAACUCUCACCUGAGGAAAGCUGGUACACAGAUUGAAAAUAUAGAGGAGGAUUUCAGAAAUGGGCUUAAAUUGAUGCUGUUGCUUGAGGUGAUCUCUGGUGAGAGGCUGCCUAAACCAGACAAAGGAAAAAUGCGCUUCCACAAGAUCGCAAAUGUCAACAAGGCUUUGGAUUUCAUUGCCAGCAAAGGAGUAAAACUAGUGUCUAUUGGUGCUGAGGAAAUUGUGGAUGGAAAUUUGAAGAUGACUUUGGGUAUGAUCUGGACAAUUAUCUUGCGUUUUGCAAUUCAGGACAUUUCUGUUGAAGAGACAUCUGCCAAAGAAGGCUUGCUGCUGUGGUGUCAGAGGAAGACUGCCCCUUACAGAAAUGUUAAUGUGCAGAAUUUCCACAUCAGCUGGAAAGAUGGCCUUGCACUUUGUGCCCUUAUCCAUAGACACAGGCCCGACCUCAUUGAUUACUCCAAGCUCAGAAAGGAUGACCCCAUUGGUAACCUCAACACUGCCUUUGAGGUAGCAGAAAAGUACCUAGAUAUCCCUAAGAUGUUGGAUGCAGAGGAUAUUGUAAACACACCCAAGCCAGAUGAAAAGGCAAUUAUGACGUAUGUGUCCUGCUUCUACCAUGCCUUUGCUGGAGCAGAGCAGGCUGAGACUGCAGCAAACAGGAUCUGCAAAGUCCUUGCCGUGAACCAGGAGAACGAGAAGUUGAUGGAAGAAUAUGAGAAGUUAGCAAGUGAGCUACUGGAAUGGAUUCGCCGCACAAUUCCCUGGCUGGAAAACAAGACCCCUGAGAAAACCAUGAAUGCCAUGCAGAAAAAAUUGGAGGAUUUCAGAGACUACAGAAGAGUACACAAGCCACCCCGUGUUCAGGAGAAGUGCCAGCUGGAGAUUAACUUCAACACUCUGCAAACUAAACUGAGACUAAGCAACCGCCCUGCAUUCAUGCCAUCUGAGGGCAAGAUGGUGUCCGAUAUUGCCAAUGCUUGGAAAGGUCUGGAGCAAGUAGAGAAGGGUUAUGAAGAGUGGCUUUUACUGGAAAUAAGACGACUGGAAAGACUGGAGCAUCUGGCAGAGAAGUUUAAGCAAAAGGCUACUCUCCAUGAGUCCUGGACCAGAGGAAAGGAGGAACUGCUGUCCCAAAGAGAUUAUGAAUCAGCUUCUCUCAUGGAGAUCCGUGCCUUGGUACGCAAACAUGAAGCUUUUGAGAGUGACCUUGCUGCCCACCAAGACCGUGUAGAGCAGAUUGCUGCUAUUGCCCAGGAACUAAAUGAACUCGACUACCAUGAUGCCGCUACUGUUAAUAGCCGCUGCCAGGCAAUCUGUGACCAGUGGGACACUCUAGGUACCCUCACACAAAAGAGGAGAGAUGCUCUUGAGCGUGUUGAGAAACUCUUGGAAACCAUUGACCAGCUGUACUUGGAGUUCGCUAAAAGAGCUGCUCCUUUUAAUAACUGGAUGGAUGGAGCAAUAGAGGAUCUGCAGGACAUGUUCAUUGUGCACAGCAUUGAAGAGAUCCAGAGCCUGAUAACAGCACAUGAACAGUUCAAGGCUACUCUUCCAGAGGCUGACAAAGAGAAAAUGUCAAUUUUGGGCAUCCAGGCUGAGAUUCAGAAAAUUGCUCAGACCUAUGGCAUUAAACUUUCUGGAAUUAACCCAUACACCAAUCUUACCCACCUCGAUAUUGCCAACAAGUGGGAGACAGCAAAACAACUGGUUCCUCACAGAGACCAAACCCUUCAGGAGGAGCUUGCUCGUCAACAGGCUAAUGAACGUUUGCGUCGCCAGUUUGCUGCACAAGCUAAUGUUAUUGGACCCUGGAUCCAGAGCAAGAUGGAGGAGAUUGGUCGCCUAUCUGUAGACAUUAGCAGUUCCUUGGAAGACCAGAUGAAUCAUCUCAAGCAGUAUGAGCAGAAUAUCAUCAACUAUAAGUCCAACAUUGAUAAACUGGAGGGAGAUCAUCAACUCAUUCAAGAAUCUCUUAUUUUUGACAACAAACACACAAGCUACAGUAUGGAGCACAUCCGUGUCGGAUGGGAGCAGCUCCUCACUACAAUUGCUAGGACCAUCAAUGAAGUUGAGAACCAGAUCUUGACCCGUGAUGCUAAAGGCAUUAGCCAAGAACAGAUGAAUGAGUUCCGUGCAUCAUUCAACCACUUUGACAGGGUAAAUGCGUCGUUGUUGGUAACAAAAUUAUUUUCCAUUUGCUUACAGAAGAGGAAUGGCAUGAUGGAUCCCGAUGACUUCCGUGCUUGCCUGAUUUCUAUGGGCUAUGAUCUGGGUGAAGUUGAGUUUGCCCGCAUUAUGACUCUGGUGGAUACUAACAACACAGGAGUUGUAACCUUCCAGGCCUUCAUUGACUUCAUGACUCGUGAGACAGCAGAAACUGACACUGCUGAGCAAGUCGUGGCUUCUUUCAAGAUUUUGGCAUCAGACAAGAGCUACAUUACCAUUGAAGAGUUGCGUAGAGAGCUGCCCCCUGAACAAGCCGAGUACUGCAUCAGCCGUAUGACAAAAUACUCAGGUUCAGAUACGACCACAGGAGCUCUGGAUUAUAUCUCCUUCUCCAGUGCUCUCUAUGGAGAGAGUGAUCUGUAAAGAAAAAUCAUCUUCCCCUGCUUCCCAUAAAUAUUCCCAAACUGCACCCCUCCCCUGUACCCCAAUCUUUUACCCAAAGGCAAUGAUGACCUUCUGAAAAUGUAUUAAAUGUAUAUGUACACUUUGUUGGUUAAAUACACCAGAGGCAAUUGAAUAUCAGUGAAAGAGGUAUUUUUUUGGGAUUGAUCAAAUAAAUAUUUUGUUUAAUUUGAUUAUGUAUCUACAUUGUCUGUAUAAUCUGUACCUAUGUUACCAAUUUAAAAUGAACAUUGACAAUGAUGGAACAUUUUGACAUGCAUUUUGUAUUACCUUGCUCUUGUUAUGUUAACAAUGAUGUCCUGGAUGUCAUAAAGAAGGAACACCUAUUGGUUAUCAGAUGUCAGUCAUUGUAAUUAAGUGCUUGAUCAAAUGUACCUUGCUGGGAAUCAUAUUGCUGCUGUACUAAACAGUGUUUUUCUGAAAACAUACCAAGGGGAAAUGAAAUGGGGGAAUGAAACCUAAAUAUAUUUUGUGCCCUGCAUUUAUUUGGAAACAUUUAUGUUUCAUUGUAUGAAAGCCAAAAGUGUAUAUAUACAUUUUCAUUAUUAAUUCUUGCAUUGUAUUUACAUAAAGUUAAAAUGAGCAAUUUAGCUUUCCAAGCAAAUAGCAUAAGUGCAUUUUUAAUGUGCAAAUCCACUCAUGCAUCUAUAGGUCAUUGAAAGUGGUAAAAAGAGUGGGAAUUAGAAAGGUGAUGUUUUUUGAACCUUUGGUAAACUGAGAUGCCUUGGCAAAGCACAAAUUAAGUCCAGUGUGUUCUAGUUAUGGUUCAAAAACUGUUAAAUUUUUCAGCACAAAAGCAAAACAAUUGUAGGCCCAGAUGUUUCAGGCCCACUCCCAGAAGGAGUCCUGUGAAGGUGAGAGGAUAAUAAAUGUGAAUAUUUAAUGGUUAC